AUGGUUCUAUUUAUUACAUAUUGUUGUUGAGGCACAUUAUAAACAUGGAACAUUUAUCUUUAGAAAAGUAUUUCUGUCGUUGGCAGUGUCUUCGAACUCGCGCAUGCGCACUGUCACGUCCGACAAGACGCCAUUUUCAAAAUCAGGAGAAAUGUUGUCCUUCGGCGGAGUUUAAAUAAAGACCCGGAUAAUUUGAAUCUCACGGAAGGUAAUAAGGAAGUCGGUCUGGUCGUUUUGUGUGUGAGGAAAGAAAGAAAGAAAAGAAAAUUGCUCGAAAGAAUCUAUAUUUUAAGCUUGUUUUUUUUAAGCAACCGUUAACACGCAUUGUUGGGUUGCUAAAUUGGUUAGCAUGGUGAAUGAGUCUCAAACAGUACUGUAGUGAAGGAAGUAACAUCACAGGGUGUAUCAUGGAGCUCCCGAACUACAGCAGACAGCUCAUGCAGCAGCUACAGACUUUGCGAAAAGAGUCCCAGUUCUGUGACUGCACCAUCCUGGUGGGGGACGCAGCCCAUCCUGCACACAAAGUGGUCCUGGCUGCCUCCAGCCUGCUCUUGAAGUCUCUCCUUGAGACUUCGGACAGCAUCUCCAUCGACACGACAGUGGUCACAGCGCAGGAGUUCUCCUCUCUGCUGGACAUGGUCUACUUGGGCAGGCUGCUGCCAGGCAAACACGACUUCACACGCGUCAUCGCUGCCGCAGACAGCCUGCAGAUGUUCGACAUGGCUGUUGGCUGCAAGAACAUCCUGGACGAAAUUGUGAAACAGUCCGAAUGUGCUCAGGGUUUAAAAGAUCACGUGGGUGUUCCUGCGUGUGAAAGGGAAGAGCCAAGACAACUUGAUGCUUCUGGACAGGAGUUCGUGUCACAGGAGCUUUGGGGCAUUUCGAAGAGUCCAAGAAACAGACAGGAGUCACAAAAUGAAGAUGGUGCUGUGGAGCUGCUUUCUCACAGACGUGAUGAUCUCCGAAGGAUCCUGCAGGACAUUCAGCCAUGGAUUAACAUCCUUCGGACCUGGGACACACUGUCAAGCCAGCAACAACAUAUGUUGCUGGAGUGUUUUGAAGCAGAUCCAGGUGUGGAUGUGGUUUUCCAGCGCCUCUUGGACCAGGUCAGGGAUGGGCAUGAUGUCUCAGUCCAGGCUGUUGUUAUGCUGUUGGACCAGUUUAAGAAUCUGAAACCUGAUCUGGAGGUGGAGGAGAAGGAGCAGACAGGAUCGGACCUCAAAGUCACAGGGGGAUCUGUGACAGAGGUUGCCAGGUCUUCAGACCUGACCGACUACCUCACAGGUGUGGAGAACAUCUCUGAACUGCUCACUCGGACAGCGGACCGAUGCAAGAGCCAAGACGUAAAGCAGGUUCUCCUGGAGUGCAGUGGAGAGCAGAAUCAUGGGCAGGCGCUGAGGAAGCUGUUGAGCACGCUGACCGAGAGAGGAAUAAAGGAAACGUCUGUCCUGCUGCUCCUAAAGGAAGUGGAGGAUAGCAGCACAAAUACUGCAGAUAAGAGGACAGACGACUGCAUCGGCAUGUCGCUGUUGAGAACUUUCCAGAACAGACUGGGUGCAUUGAACCUGGAGGGUUGGAUCAUCAGGCGCGGUUUGGAGGAAGGGCCGAGCAUCUCAUCUGACCAGAGAGAGGUUCUGCAGAAAGAGGCUGGCAGUAGUGUGGAGAAGCUGCUCAGAGCUGCUCUGGAUGACGGUUCGCUUCAGCCUCUGACGGUCUGGAGGCUCCUCUUCUGGGCCGCGACUCACAAUCCAGAGCUCCGACUCAUUACGCAGGAAAUCAGGGCGAAACCUGAAGCUCAGGAACUCAUCCAUACCGUUGCCCGAAUGGAUGCCUUGUUCAAGCACAAAAAGCUCAUUCUGGAAACAAUCAAUGAAAUCCCUGACCUGGAAAGAGCUGCGGGCAAUUUGGACCACGAUAAAGACGUCACUGAGUUCCUGCAGAGCUGUCGAGGUGCUGACAGAGGAACGGAGUCCAUGCAGCAGGUUUUGGACCGAGUACUGAGCAAAGAGUCGCAACACAUCCGUCCGCUUUGUCACCUCCUGUCCAGGAGCCACACGAGCUUCCCCCAGCUCUCUGUCCUCAUCAAGGAGCUCAGCCAUGUUGAAGUGGAGCAUGAUGAGGAGACUGCAGGCUCAGAGGAAGAGGAGAAGGAUGAAGAUCGCGCACACAAGAGGAGGAGGAAGGGCGUCGUCGUGUCCUACAGCUGCCCGUGGUGCAACAAGAGCUUCGACUUCAAGUGCCGUCUGCUGAAGCACAAGAAGCAGUGUGGGUUCUGUCCAAAGAGAGUGCAGUGCUGCACCGAGUGCUCCGCUGUGUUCCCGUCAGUCACGGCCCUGCAGCAGCACCGAGCCGAAGCUCACGACGGCCUACCGGUGAAGAGGAAGAAAGUGGAGCCGGUGACGUGUGAGCUCUGUGAAAAGACAUUUAAACACCCUUCUGGUCUGUUGUACCACAGGCGCACUGAGCAUUUGGAGGAAAGGCCGUACGUGUGUGACGAAUGCGGCACCAAGUUCGCUGCCAACUCGUCCCUGAAGAACCACAUGCGGCUGCACACGGGGGAGAAACCGUACCGCUGCAAACACUGUGACAUGAGCUUCGCCGUGGCCGCCGCGCUGUCUUACCACACCAAGAAGAAACACUCAGAGGGUAAGAUGUACUCGUGUCAGUACUGCUCAGCUACUUUUGCCCAGUCCAUUGAGCUGACGCGGCACGUGCGAACACACACAGGAGACAAACCGUAUGUGUGUAGGGAGUGUGGGAAAGGCUUCAAACAGGCAAACGGACUCUCAGUACACCUGCAGACCUUCCACAAUAUCUCGGACCCACACGACUGUCAAAAGUGUCGCGUGAGCUUCAGUUGUCUGGAGAAGCUUCGAGAGCACAUUCAGGAGGUUCACCCCAAAGACCUGCACCAGUGUCCUGAGUGCAGUAAGAUCCUGAACACUGCGGCCCAGCUGGAGAAACACAUGAGCGUCCACGACAACAGCAAACCCUACAGUUGCCAGAGUUGCCACAAAUCUUACCAGACUCUCUCAGGGUUGUGGUACCACAAUCGCACCACGCAUCCAUCCGUGGUGACGGCAGUGGGCGCUCGGUCAGUUUCACAUCUUUUGCACUGCAAGAUCUGCAACAAGACCUUCUGCAACAAGAGCAGCUUGUUUAAACACAACAUAACCAAACACCCAGAAACUCAUGCUGUGACUGAAGAGGGUGAAAAGGAGGCACAUGCAGAUGCGCCUGUAUGGAGGUGUGUGUACUGUCCUCGUGCUCUGAGCAGCGAGCAGGAGUUGCAGCAGCACGUGUUGAGCGAACACGCCAGCCAGCAGGGAUCCGUAUUUGCCUGCGCCGUCUGCUCGCUCUCCUUCCUCUCCGAGGCCGAGUUCCAGAAGCACUUCCUCACCAACCACGUGCAGCUCAUCCAGGAGGAGGAGUUACAGACUCAUGGCUCCACCUCCCAAAUGGUGAUCCAGACAGGAGAUGCCUCAGCUGAAGGGGCGGCACAGAUCGUCGGGCUCGACCAAUCACAGCUGGCCGGAAUACAACAGGUGUUUGUUGCCCUGGGCGACGGCGGGGAGGCAGCGGCUGACUCGGGGAUCGUCGCCGUUAAUAUGGAGGACUUGCUGACGGGCCGCGUCACACUGAUCUGUGAGGAAAACCAGUAGAGUCAUGUUUACACAGGAGAACACACAUGUUGGCAAAACGCGCACACACUUACCUUUCUGUCUCAGCUUUAAACCGUAUAUCAUCUUUAAGGCAUAUCAUCUAUUACAGACAAAUACGGUAUAUUAAUCCUCAAUCACCUCAAACACACACAGCUCGUGGUGCAGAUUCACGUCCUUAGUGCCUCAGGAUAAGAGUGUGUGUGUGAGAGAUGAAGGAGGGCCAGAUGGAAAGAUGACAGCACAGUUCAGGCUGCUGCUGAUGAACAGUUUAAAUCAACUGAUUUAUAAUAUUUAUAUCAUGAUGUAAUGUUUAAAUUCUAAACUGACAAGACAGCCUGCAAAUACAGCAAUCGUACUUAA